CUUACUUACAGGUUCCUUCUCAACAAUGAAACAAUACAAAAUAUAAAAAAAUAAAAAUAAGAAUACGAACAAAGUAAAUGGCAGUAGAAUAGAAUAAACAUUUUAGCAUAAGUAUAAUACAGGAAGGCACAAUUUAUAGUACAAUAUUUACACGUGUAUUGGGGACAAAGGUAUAAUAAGAGUCUGGUAGCAGCAGUUGUGAUGUGUGCUAACGUGCGGUGAAUCAGAGCAGGUGGUCAGUUCAAGUGUUCAGCAGUCUGAUGGCCUGUAGAUAUAAACUCUCGAAACGAACCUAUGGCAAAUUUAUGAACUUAUCUGGUUAUUUUUCUUCAACCUAAAAAUCUACUUUGUGUAAUAAGUCCUCCGGGCCACAAGGCGAAGUAGCCUGUUAGGUUGAAUAGUACCUCUAGAACAACACGUUUUCGUACCAUUAAUUUAGAUAUUGUUGGAUUGUCGUGGGCCAUGCAUGUAUCUCGGAUUUGGAAUUUGCUUUAACAUUAGAGGUGCUGACUACGCUGUAGUGUGAACAUGUCUGGGGCGUUAGCAAGGGUACUGUUUUAUCCCACAUUAGCGUAUAAUGUUGUCAUGGAAAAAGUGUCCUCAAGACGGUGGUUCAAUCGCGUUGAUCAGACUGUCAUUCUAGGAGCCCUGCCUUUCAAAUCAAUGACUAAUGAGCUGGUGCAGACAGAAAAUGUCAGGGGGGUAAUAACCAUGAACGAGGAAUAUGAAACAAAAUACUUCUGCAACUCAGCUGAGGAGUGGAAAGCCGAGGGGGUGGAGCAGCUGCGACUCAGCACAGUGGACCUGACCGGUGUGCCCAGUCUAGAGAACCUGCACAGAGGAGUGGAGUUCGCACUCAGUCACCGGGAAAAGGGCUCCAGUGUGUAUGUCCACUGUAAGGCUGGACGCUGUCGCAGUGCCACACUAGCUGCUGCAUACAUCAUACGGGUACACUGCUGGAGUCCAGAAGAAGCAUGUCAGAUGUUGGCCUCUGUCCGACCACAUGUUAUUAUUCGUUCUUCACAGCUGGAGAUGCUUCGGCGGUACCAUCAGCAAGUCUGUGGCGGGGGUUCCAUUUAAGAAGGAGGGCUGCCAGCAUACUUUACAUUUACGUUUUUACAUUUUAGUCAUUUAGCAGACGCUCUUAUCCAGAGCGACUUACAGUAGAGUGCAUACAUUUUAUUACAUUUUUUACAUACUGAGACAAGGAUAUCCCUACCGGCCAAUCCCUCCCUAACCCCUAACCCGGACGACGCUAUGCCAAUUGUGCGUCGCCCCACGGACCUCCCGGUUGCGGCCGGCUGUGACAGAGCCUGGGCGUGAACCCAGAGACUCUGGUGGCGCAGCUAGCACUGCGAUGCAGUUCCCUAGACCACUGCGCCACCCAGAAACUGUAAAAUUAGCUUUGUCAAGACAAACAAUAUGCUGCUUGAAGGGAUUUUUGACCUUGAGCUCAUUCUUUUACAUAGUUGUUACUCAACUGGAUCAAGUGUAUUGUAUAAUUCUCAAAUGUUGUAUAAUUCAAGUGUCAUCGGCUCAUUAGAACAUGGGGUAUAAUAAAUUGCCAUCCCCAUCAAAGUACUGAGAGGUGGGUGAAGGGGGUGUAUUUAAACGCAUGUUUCUACAGAAUUGUUACAAUUUCUAUGUUAAGAAAAUUUGUGAUAUUUUGAUUGUUACUAAUUUCACUGAUUGUUUGAUAGUAUUCUAUAUGGGUUGUAAAAACAUAUUGGAAAAGAAUGACAUUAUAAAAGGAUAGCUAUUGAUACUUAAUCCAUUGAAACAUAAUCGGAGUGAACAGGGGGCCUAAUUGUCUGGAAAGCCCAUGUUGAAAUGAGCGUUUGAAUCAGGAAAGUUUACUCUCACGACCUCUACAAACCAGAAUGUUGAAUAAAAUGACAUGUUAACAUACUUUA